UGAGAGACCGUUUAUGUUUCCUGGUACUAUUAUUUUGAGCGAACCAGUUCGGUCCCGUUUGCACUUGCCUCGUACUGGUUUAGAACGUCAUUGCUACCUGCCGUCCGCUUAGUUAGCUCAACAGUAGCUAAUGGCUGUCGAUGACGCUACACUUUAGGGACUUGGAACACUCCCAUCCCGUUGUUGAAUAUUUAUUGAAGCUUUGUCAGCUGACUUACAAUUGCGAUUGACCGUGCCAGCUUCUAAAUCUUGCUGGAGACUGGAGAAUCUUCUCGGACCUCUUCCCCUUCUGACUCAAUGGAAGGGUCUGACAGUUCAGAGCAGAGCGCCAGUGACCAGCCAGAGUCGCAGCGCAGGAGGCAGCUCGAUCGUCUUGAUAGAGAAGAGGCCUUCUACCAGUUUGUCAACAAUCUCAGUGAUGAGGACUAUCGUCUCAUGAGGGACAACAAUCUUUUGGGUACCCCAGGAGAGGCAACUGAGGAUGAGCUGUUUAGUAGACUUCAGAAUCUCAAAAAUGGUGCAGAGCAGCAGAGUAACACGCCCAGUGCCGAAAAUGUAGAAGAGCCCAGCGAGCAACCUGAACCCUCUGAAGAUCCUGCUAACGGAGAUAGUCUCCUGGAAUGGCUGAACACUGUGAGGCGCACAGGCAACACAACCAGAACUGGCCAUCGUGGAAACCAGUCCUGGAGGGCUGUAAGUCAGACCAACCCAAACAGUGGAGACUUUCGAUUCAGCCUGGAAAUCAGCGUGAAUCGCACCUUAGCAGAGCAGCAGGCAGCUGCCGAAGGAGAGCAACAGCCUCCAGAGUCUCAAGCAGUGGAGGGAAAUGCUGACCCAUCCGUUCUCAUGGAGACAGGAGUGGUAGAAGAACCAGUUGUCGAGGAGAUGGCUGUCAUUGUUGAGCCGGUACCGGUACCGGAACCUGAGCCUGAGCCUGAGCCUGAUCAGGAGAUGGUUGUUUCGAAUGAGACACAUGGAGAACCUCCCAGCUCACCAGUUGUCGUGCCAGUUCAACCCACUCUUUCUGUGUCUCUACGUAGAGGACACAGGAGGGCUCGCAGCCGCAGUUCGGAACCGUGCCGAACCGGGACUCGGUCGGCCAGGAGUCGCUCCCCUCUCCGUUUAGAUCAGCUGGAAGAGCUCCCCAAUCCCCGCUUUGCUCAAACGUCUCAAAGCCCCAGCAGCAAUCCUAGCAAUCCACCUGCCCCUCAAGUGGAGGGUAGUUCUCGGACUCGACAGCAUGUUGUUUCUAGACAAAGUGCUGCUGAGACUGAUAUUCAGGAGAGCAGGGUUGAAACCGAACAAAGUCCUGAGACCCAAAGCGUUGCCUCCCAAGAAGGAGAAACUGGAGUUGAAGGGGGUGCAGCUGGACGACGGCCGCCGACUAUCAUGCUUGAUCUCCAGGUGCGGCGCGUGCGUCCAGGCGAGUAUCGCCAAAGGGACAGCAUUGCCAGUCGUACCCGUUCGCGCUCGCAGAACUCAAACAACACGUUUCUUUAUGAAAGUGAGCGCGGUGGAUUUCGUAGGACUUUCUCACGCUCGGAGCGUGCCGGUGUGCGGACAUAUGUCAGCACCAUUCGCAUCCCGAUCCGCAGAAUCUCUGAUGCGGGUUUGGGAGAGGCGACCUCAAUGGCUCUCCAGUCUAUGAUUCGACAGAUCAUGACAGGCUUCGGUGAGCUCGGCUACCUCAUGGAUUCAGACUCCGAUUCUUCCGAUUCCAACCGUGGAGCCAAUGCAUCUGCGGAUUUGGCUGAAAACGCCGAUAACACGGAUGCCGCCGCUCCUGCUGCUCCUGUUGUUGAUGAACCAGCCGUGGCUGCCGCUGUCAGGGCGAGGACAGUUGAGACCGAUACGGAUGAAGGACAUGCCACCGCUCCGCCAGCCCCCGGUGGCAGGGCUCGACCCAGACCCCCUAUCAGCCUUGAGGAGCCGAGCUCGUUGCCCCUUCUGCGACUGGCUCAUUUCUUCCUAUUAAACGACGAAGAUGAGGACCAACCCCAAGGGCUGACCAAAGAACAGAUUGACAACCUUGCCAUGCGCAACUUUGGCGAAAGUGACGCCUUGAAGACUUGCAGUGUCUGUAUAACAGAGUAUGCGGAAGGAAACAAGCUCCGGAAGCUUCCUUGCUCCCACGAGUAUCACGUGCACUGCAUCGAUCGCUGGCUGUCCGAAAACUCCACCUGCCCUAUCUGUCGCAGGGUAGUUCUUGUGUCUACCAAUCGAGAGAGCGUAGUGUAGUUCAUAGCAGUUCUCUUUGUCCCACACGUACGUGAUGUAAUAAUCCAAGUUCAUUCACAACUUGAAGAAGAGCAGUCUUUGUUGAAAUCUCGACUGUCCGUUCCAUUUGCAAGUUUUAUCUUGAGGUCGUCACCGGUUUGAUUUGGGUUGCUUCACGCUGGCACUGCUGGAGGUUACGGUUGCUGUGGUAUUCUGGUUUCAUUAUAUACCGAGUUUGAACAUUUCGGUUUUACUUCCAGUCGCAGACAGCGAUGAUCAGGUACAACAAAUAAUAUCUUAUCUAAUGACGACGGUUGUUGUGCGCAGAAAUUGGCUUUCUAUUGCAAGCCGUGCCUGGGAAACUUGUCAAUUAAUAGGCCUGACUAUUACAAUAGUAGUUUCUACCUUUCCAAAGUUAGUCACACACCCUGCAUGCUGUGUGUGUGUGCAUGUGCGUGUGCGCGCGCGCGUGUGAGAGAGAGACACUAUUCUCAAGAAAACCCUCUGGUUAUAAAAGCUGUGCACCUGCAGGCAGUUCAAGCAGCUCAAACUGCACCAGUUUUAUUAGCCCCUAAUCAAUGCCUUAUAUACCAUGAGGUGUGUUGGUACAGUUCGGUUACUCCAGGUCAAAGUAUUAGCUGUAAAUAUGCUUGUAUAAAUAAUUUUGAGUCAUGCUUUGUAUCCGUGGUCUUAUUUUUCGAUUGGCCAACUUAUUGUCUACCCGGGCAACCCUUAAUUUGCAUCUAAACAAGGCUGGGAUCAGUCUCCGGCCAAUUUUAUACAUUGACGGUUACGACCAAACGAGGACAAUGUUUCUUUGCCAUUUCAUCUAUACACUGCCAUGUUUGUUAACUAUGGCAUAAUGUCCAUGUGCAAUUGUUUCAUAAAAUGCAGUAGAUAGUUGUUCCGGCAGAAAGAAUAUGGGAAAACAGGUUACAUAAAAAAAAAACCUCAACUUUGGGAUUUGUAUAAUAUUUGGCUCACAAAAAAGAAAUGAAAAUGUAAUGAUGUCGGUACCAGGAAUCGGGGAUGUCUGCUGGUUGUACAUAUUGGUUUGAAAUCUUGCUGUUGACAUGUGAAUUUUCCCACAUUACCAGUGCUGGGAAAAAAAAUCACAACACGCCUGGUCUCUCUUGUCAGUGGUUUACUCCUCAGAGAUUCCUGGAAUUUUCCCGUAGAAAUGUUUCGCAAUCCAUUUUUCCGCCAUCUAUCAGUUGUCUGGUCUACUCUCACAUGAUCAGAUUGUUUUGUUAGGAUUGCUGAGCAAAAUGUAACGCGUCUUAACUUUCUCAAUUUAUGAUAGAAUAGUACCCAUAAUUUGCAGAAAUUAAUUUCCAUUUGAAAUUUCCAAAUUCCAUCUUCAGGCUUCAGUUUUGAUCAAGGUCUGGUAGACUGUCAAAAGAUGUUCAACCUCACCACAUGCCCAUUACAGCUUGCAAUACAUGCAAAAGUCCAAGUUCACCAAACAAAUUAUUCUAUAUAACUGUAUGCUAUUAUUAAAUCUAUGUUCAAUGGCUGAAAUCUGAAAUAAAGAUUUCUUGCAUUAUUAAA